AUGGGUUACGCAGUCAGCCCUGAGGACCUCCCAGUGCCCGGCCGAGAUACAUAUUUCUGGCUGGGUGAGAUCAACAAGGCCAGCGCCGUUAUCAACUCGGACGAAGGGCUCUUGGAUCCAGAUGCUGCCCGUCGGAUCGCCAGUGGCCUCCAAAAGCUGCUAGACUCCGGCAACGAACCCAACGCCCCCCGCCCAAGUCUCGUCAUAACCUUCGAGCCUCUUCUUAUCCAAGUAGCUGGCGUUGAAGCCACCCUUCUCCAUGCCGGCCGGUCUAGUCAAGACAUGCUCACUACCGUUUCAACGGCGAUCCUUCGCGAUGCAGUACUGAAACUUGCAUUACAGCUUCAUGACACGACUCGGCGGCUCGUUGAGAUGGCCGAGACUCAUGCCGCGACGCUGGUACCGAACUACACCAAUGGAGUUGCCGCUCAGCCCAACUCCUAUGGCCACUAUUUACUAGGCCACAUUGCGGGACUUCAUCGGGAUGCAGAGAGACUACAGCAGUGUUAUUCACGGCUGGACCGUUGUGCCAUGGGCACCACCGUACUUAAUGGCACAAGUUGGCCGCUGGAACGCGAGCGCAUGGCCAAGUACCUCGGUUUCGCAAAGGUUGUUGACAAUGCCUACGACGCGGCGCAGAUUACCGCUGCUGAGAUGCCGGUUGAGCUUGGAUCGAUAGCUUCCCAUAUCGCGCUUCAUACUGGCGCGUACAUCCAGGACGUCAUGGCGCAGUACUCUCAGCCGAGACCAUGGAUCCUUCUCCAAGAGGGCGGGGACAACACGUACGUCUCUAGCGCCAUGCCACAGAAGAGAAAUCCUGGCCUUCUUAACAACACCCGAGCGGAAGCGUCUAGAGUCGUGACUCUCGGUGUAGGCCGGGCCAUUCAGGGGCAUAACCUCCCUCCGGGUAUGGUUGAUGCAAAGAAUCUGGCGGACAAUCUUGCUGUGCUUAAUGGUGCAACAAGAGUGUUGAGAGAUUGGCAACGUAUUCUCAACGCCCUGGUGGUCGACGGCAAGCGGUCUUUGAAAGAGUUGGAUCUGGACUGGACUGCCUCUCAAGAGUUGGCGGACGUCUUGAUGCGAGAGCACAAAGUGCCGUUCCGAGUUGGGCACCACUUUGCUUCAGAGGUUGUUAGAUACGCAAAGGCUAAGGAUUUGUGUCCAAGCGAGUUCCCGUAUGCCGAGGCAUCCAGGAUAUUCGUAGCUACACUGAAACAUACAAACCUCGAAAGAAGCGGCUAUCAGUUUUUGGACGAGCAAGAGUUUCGGGAGGCGCUCGACCCUGCUGGGAUCGUCAAUCGGAGAGCAACCUCUGGAGGCCCGCAACCGAAGGAAAUGGAACGUAUGAUAAAUGGUUCGAAGCAGAUUCUGGAGGAUCUCCAAAGAUGGGUCCAAGAGCGGCGGUCUCAUAUUGACAACUCGCUGCAAGAACUGGAUGCAGAAUUCAAGCUCUUGCACGACCCUCCAAACCUUCCAAGGCCCUGA